CACGAGUCAGAUGGACGGAGACAGCAGCACCACCGACACCACUCAGUUAGGAAUAACAGGAGAGUAUAUGACCCCAGGCACCUAUGUCGUGCAUACCCAGGAUGAUGAUGGAGAUGAAAGUUUUAAUGACCACGAGGAUGGCAGUGGUUGCAAAGACAAUUUCCGAGAGCAGGACAUUUACCUUCCUAUUGCCAACGUUGCUCGUAUCAUGAAGAAUGCCAUUCCACAGACUGGAAAAAUUGCGAAAGAUGCAAAAGAAUGUGGUCAGGAGUGUGUGAGCGAGUUCAUCAGCUUCAUCACAUCUGAAGCCAGCGGACGAUGCCAUCAAGAGAAACGCAAGACCAUAAAUGGCGAGGACAUCCUGUUUGCCAUGUCCACACUAGGUUUUGAUAUGUAUGUGGAGCCUCUCAAACUUUACCUGCAGAAGUUCAGAGAGGUAUUGCUAGCUCACUAGUAAAUAAACAUGCACACACAUAUGUAAACAUCCAGACACACUUCAGACCCUUAAACUUGUACCCAUUUAUAUGUACUCAUUCAUUUUGUAUUAAAGGUGCUGUAAGUGAUUUUAGCUGUUCUGAAACUGCCAUCACACCUGCUGUUGAACUAGCCAAGCCGCCUAUUUCUAAAACUUUGCACUCAAAAGACAAUCUCGCACACGCAGAUACACUAGACUCUUACAGUAUUCUGCUUCUAAUGGAGGUGUGCAUUGUAACAUAACCACGCACUGCCAGACUUCAAAAACCCUAUUAAAACUGCAUAUCCUGUUGAAAUGUUCACACAAACAUUGCUUUAUAAUCAUCAUCUUAUUUUCCGUCAAAUCAAAUACGUCAUUAUUCUUUUGCAUUUUUUUCCUAAAUAAAAAUGUUUGUGUAGAGCCCUGAUUUGUCCUAACAACCUAAAUAACCUUUUUCAAAUAUUCCAUUACAUUUGUGUAGUAAAUUUUUUUAAAUAUUUUUCAUAGAUAUCAUGGUUUCAAGUUUAUUUAAAAAAAACUAAUAUUUGUGUUUCAUAGGCAGCAUAGGCUUAAUACAGUUUAUUUCACAUUUAUGAGGAUGUACGCGUCAUUGUAUUUUGAGGGAAAAUAUGGUGUGUCUUGGAAAAUGUAAUAUUUACAAAGAUGUGCCUUGGUACAAAAAAAGUAGUGGGCUAAUGCACACAACUGUUAAUCAGGCGGUUAUUGGUUCAAUCCCCACAGCCACCACCAUUGUGUCCUUGAGUAAGACACUUAACUCCAGGUUGCUCUGGGGGGAUUGUCCCUGUAAUAAGUGCACUGUAAGUCACUUUGGAUAAAAGCGUCUGCCAAAUGCAUAAAAAUGUAAAAUAUAUAUUGCCAAUUAUUUUUGUUUAGAAGAAUCAACAUAUAUACAUGGGCAGGUGUCGGUACAUUAUGCAAGCCCUGGAACCCGCUCCGAAGGCACUGAAGUCCCGCCGGGCAUCGCCUCUCCCGAGAAACAUUAGUGAAAUUCAGGACAGUAAACAUAUGCUCUUAGAUGUAGAGGCUUGUAGAUAUUAGUUUUUUACAUGGCACCAAUUUGUACUCUUGCUUCUAGUAUUACUAGUAUUGGUCAAACAAAUUGUUAAUGCUGGUUAACCGGUUAAAUGUCUACAUGCCUACUGCAAGCACAAUGAUUGGCAGGCAGAAAGUCUACUGAUUGGCUAGACAAAGGAUCUGACUGAGGCCCCCGGAAAUCUUUUCCCUCGCUGUUAAUCAAGUCUAGGGCUGUUCCAGAGACAGGUGUUAUAUUUCAUGGCACCCAUUUCAGUAAUACCUGACUGGUAAUAGGGAUUUUUUUUUUCAGCAUGUAAUUUCAUUAAAAAAAAAAAAAAAUCACUUACUGCACUUUUAACUGUUUGGAAGUGAGCUAAAGUUGUCUUUCAGAUGUAUCUUGAAAAUUGG